GAGCGCUCUCUCGGAGUCUCCACCUCGCCCUCCUUUUUCUAUCGUUCUCAGUCCCCUCCCUCUCCCUCACCCUCACCUUUCCAGCCGCCACUUCUAGAAGCUUCUAGGCUGCGUCGCCCAUGGCCGCGGAAGCCAAGGCGCCAAGCCUCGCCGAGGAAUAUUCGCUUCCACCACAGGAAGAUCCAGUGGAAAAAGUAGCUGAAGAGAAACCCUCUAUUGGCACUGAGACUGAAGCUGCCCCCUCAACAAAUGAUGAAAACCCUCAAGCUGAUGGGACUACAACUGCUGUAGAAGACAAGAAUGAAACUUCUGAAGUGCAAGAUGUUCCUGGCGAGUCGGAGGCAGAAGAAACCAACCUUGCAGCAGAGGAAACAAGUGAGACUGCUGGGGAGGAAGAGUUUGAGGAGAAACCCGAUAUUAAGAUUGAAACAGCUCCAGCAGAUUUUCGUUUCCCAACAACAAAUCAAACAAGGCACUGUUUCACACGCUAUGUUGAGUACCACAGGUGUGUAGCUGCGAAAGGAGAGGGUGCGCCUGAGUGUGAUAAGUUUGCAAAGUACUAUCGAUCCCUUUGCCCAGGAGAAUGGGUUGAACGCUGGAAUGAGCAACGCGAAAAUGGCACCUUCCCUGGACCUCUGUAAUCCCGUGCGAAUGGAGAAUGAACUCACGAUGUUGCGGUGGCCUCUCUUCCUUGGUAACUGGUGCCAAGUUAUUAGAGGCAGAUAAAUCGUCUUUUUUGGAGAACUUUACAAAAUAAAAGAUUCUUUUUGUCGUGAAGAAUGCCUUGUUACUCUUCCUAACGGUCAUUUUCUUCACCACUGAGAAACCUGCAUCACAGUUACAAUUUUAUUCUACUUGAGAAAGGCUAAUGUUUCCCCA